AUGGCAAUUGGCGAUGAUGAACAAGGAAGAUGGUUUGAUACUUCUCUUUAUAAUGUUGGUUUUGAUGAAGUUGAUCUUGAAGAGGAUUUUAAUCCCGAAAAGUAUGAUGAUAAAAUGCAAAAAAUAUUUGAUGAGGAAUUCUAUAAUAAACAGGCAAGCGAUGAUGAAUAUUUGGAUGAAUAUUAUCAACUGAAUUAUGAGGAUAUAAUUGAUGAUACUCCCGUAAGGUUUAAAUACAAUAAAGUCAAGUCAACAUCAUUUGGUUUGACACCCACAGAGAUAUUACUAGCAGAUGAAAAAGAUUUAAAUGAAUUCGUGUCUUUGAAAAAAUAUGCGCCAUAUCGACCUGAUAAUGUUGUGGAAAAGGAUUUAAAGAAAUAUUCAAAAAAGAAAAGGCUUCGAGAAUUUCUUUUUGCCCCUUUGAAUUCAGGAGAAAAAGGAGAAAAAAAAUUUUUUGACGAUGGAUUUAAGAAUAUUAUUUUAGGAAUUGACCACAGUCAUCAUGCAAAAAGUAAAAAAAAGGAGGUAAGAAGACGUAAAAAAGCAGUUAAGGCAUUACAAAAUCAUGUUACAGCUCAAAGAAUGAUAUCAAUUUUAAAAGCUAUGCCAGAACCUGAUUCACCUUUAGUGACUAGUAUUGGUGUGGAAAUUGAUAAAAAUGAUAGCAUCAAAAAUUUAUCUGGAUCUGAUACUACAUCUUCUGCUACCAUUCCUCUAUCAAAAGAUACAGUAUAUGUUAAAAAUAAAGAAAAUGAUGAGAAGGAAUUGAUUCAUCAUGCAAAAAGUAAAAAAAAGGAGGUAAGAAGACGUAAAAAAGCAGUUAAGGCAUUACAAAAUCAUGUUACAGCUCAAAGAAUGAUAUCAAUUUUAAAAGCUAUGCCAGAACCUGAUUCACCUUUAGUGACUAGUAUUGGUGUGGAAAUUGAUAAAAAUGAUAGCAUCAAAAAUUUAUCUGGAUCUGAUACUACAUCUUCUGCUACCAUUCCUCUAUCAAAAGAUACAGUAUAUGUUAAAAAUAAAGAAAAUGAUGAGAAGGAAUUGAUGUCUGGAAGAACAAUCACUAAAACUAGUUCUAUUAAAGAUGGAUCAAAAAUUGUUGUAUCAUCAUCAACUUCAACAACAGAUGUUACAAUUACAACAACUAUUAAAGCCAAUUCAUUGAAAACUAAUUCAACUAAUAAAGAUAAAAUUAUCAAACCAUCAUUAAAUACUAUUUCGUGUUAUGUUUAUUGGUGGGGAUAUGAAGUUUAUGUACCACAAAAAUGUAUGGGAAGAUUAGAUCAAGCACAAAAUGUUAGUAAUUCAUUUUUAGGAUUAUUACAUAUUGUGGUAGGCAAUUCAUCUCCAAUUUCACCAUAUUUUGGUUUAAUUUCUGCAUGGGUUGGUUUACAAUUUACACUUAUUAAAUCAAAAACUGUUGAUAAUGAUGCACUUCCAGAAUUAUUAAGCGCUUUAUGUGCUGGAAAUGCUUUAAAUAAUAUUGAACAACAACAAGCACUUACCAAUGAUGUAACAAUACCAGAUUUGAAUAUUGACUUUGAAAAUCCCAUAGCAAAAGAAGAAGAAAGAAGUUUACACAUAAAAAUUUCUCGACUUCUUCAACCCACUGAUACAUUAUUAGAUUCUAUACGGCAAUAUCAAGGUUGUGGAGAAUUAAUAAAAAAAGCUAUAUCAAACCCGACGCCUGAUAAUGAAGAAGAAGCUUGGCAGGCCGUUAAACCUGCUGUAGCUAAAUUAAAAAGAUAUUUUGAAUUUUCUGCUUUGCUUGAGAAUGCAUUUCCUGAACUAUUUACAGUUCUUUGUGAAGGCAAUAUGAGAACACCAUCGAUUCAAAAUGAUUUUUCAUACUAUAGAAGAACACUUAGUAGAGGAAAACUUGCAAUUGAAACAGAUUUAAAGACUGACAUGAUUGAAGAUGAAUUGGCAAAUAAAAUUUCAUUAUUUUAUGCAUAUCCAACGCCAAUGUUGAAAAUGGUUACUGAUGUGACUGCACAUUUAAUGACAAAGGAUAAUCUUGGCAAAGGUAUAUUAGAAUGUUUAUCAGGAUUAGCUGCUGCUUGUUAUCAGACUGUCACAAGAAAAAGAUAUCAAAAUCCAGAAACCACAUCAUUUUGUUUGAGAGUAAUGGUUGUGUGUAUUAUUUUAUAUGAUCAUAUUGAUCCACAAGGAGCUUUUAAUAAACAAUCACCAAUAAAUAUAAAAUCAUCAGUAAAAGCGAUUCAAACUCAUGGUACAAGUGAAAGCUCUAAUUUGAUGUCAGCUUUACGAUUCAAUACCAAACAUUUAAAUGAUGAUUCUACACCAAAAAAUAUCAAACAACUUUUGAGUAGUCAUUGA